AAUAACUUGUUAAGAAAAAAAUAAAUAAAAACAAUAUUAAUUAAAGAUGGAUAAAGAAUGGAUAAAAUUUAAUAAUGAUUUAUCAAAAGGAGCAUUUUUUACAGUUGAAUUAUGGAAAAAUAAUAAAACAAAUGAAACAAUUGUCAUUAAAAAAUGUCAAAAAGAUGUUCAAAAAUUAUCAGAAAUACAAAAACAAAGAUGGAUUAAUGAGAUAAAAAUAAUGAAGACAUUAAAACAUAAAAAUAUUAUCGAAACACGUGAAAUGCCUCUAAUGAUUAUUGAUGAAAAAUUGGAAUUACCUGUUCUUUGUAUGGAGUAUUGUAGAAAAGGAAAUUUGCGACAGUUACUAAAUAUGGGCGAAAAUUAUUGUGGUGUUAAUGAAGAAUUGUCAAUGAAAAUAAUGAUUGAAAUAUCAUCAGCAGUUGAGUAUCUUCAUAAAUGUAAAAUAACACAUUGUAAUUUAAAACCAGAAAAUAUUGUUAUACAACAAUUAAAUAAUGAUAAAUUAAUAUUUAAAAUAAUUGAUCUUGGAUUUGCCAAAGACAUUGAUGGAUCAAUUGAUGAUGAAUUUUAUUAUGUUGCACCUGAAAUUUUACUUGGUGAUGAGUACAAUUUUACUGUUGAUUAUUGGAGUGUUGGAAUAUUAUUUUAUGAAUUGUUAACUGGUAUUAGACCAUUUCUUCCAAACAUGCCAUUUAAUUCAACAUGGUUGAAUGAUGUCAAGCAAAAAUGUGAUGAUGACAUUGCUGCUCGUGAAAUUGAUAAAGAAAUUAAUUUUAUAAAAACAAUUGAAGAUCCAACAAACAUAUCAAAGUGUCUACAAGAUAGCCUGGUUGCCUGGUUCAGAAUUGUCCUUAAAUGGGAUCCAAAAAAACGUGGGAAAAGUUUUGAUGAUGAUACAUUUAUUGUUUUUCCAAUGAUUAAAAAAAUUAUUGAAAAAAAAAUUGUUAAAGUUUUUUAUGUAACACUCUAUAAAAAUGAUUCAUUUGAAAUUGACAAUGGCACAAAAUUACAAGAUGUUAAAAAUAUAAUUUUUCAUAGAGAAAAAAUUGAUGUUAAUAAGCAGUUAAUUACAACAACAUUGGGGAUAAUUUUAGAAGAUGAUAAUUUAUAUUUAAAAACAUUGGAGAAUUUGAAUUUAAUUAUUUUUGAAAAAGGAUUACUUGAAAUUAAAAUUAUUCCUGAGCCAUUGAUACCAAAGUCAGUUAAUUUGAUGCUUGCUGAAUCAUGUUCUGUUGUUGAUUAUUUUACAAUUAAUAAAUAUUACAAUGAUUCUAUAUUUUUUAUAAAUCAAGAAGUUGAAAUUUAUCGUUCAUACAUGCUCUCACUAUCCAUAAAAAUUGAUUUAUGUGAACGACAAUUUGAUAAUUUAAAAUUAAAAAUUGAUAAAAUGUUAUUGAGAAAUAAUUUUUCGCAUUAUAUUACAAUUGAAAAUAUAUUAGAUGAUUAUGACAAAGCAUUGCAUUUAAAAAAUAAAGAAUUAAUUGAUUGUCAUAAAGAAUACUCACCAAUAAAUAUGGUUAAAUGUGUAUUUUCAUUAUUAAAAACAAGAACAUUAUCAUUAUUAUCAUCAUUAGCAUUACCAUUACCAUUACCACUUUUACCACCUUCAUCAUCAUCAUCAUUAAUAUUUUCUUUAAUUGUUUCAUCACCAAAUAAUUCACGCAUAUUUUUUCUAAUUAAUGUUACAGUUACUGUUACAAUUGCUUCAGCAUCAACAACACAAUUAUCAUUAAAUAAAACAAAAAAAUCACCAAGUAAAAAUAAUGAAAUUGAUUUAUUUGAAGAUUCAAAUUCAUCAUCAUUUUUUACAGCAACUGAGAGUAAUAAAUCACCAGUAAAAUCCACUAAAGUUAAAACAACAAAAGUGCCUAAAAAAAAUGUUAUUAAUAAAGGUUUUAAAGUAGUUGCUGAAAAUGUAAGAUUUGAUUCAUCAAGUGAUGAUAUGGAUGAGACAUAUUGUCCACGAGCUGAAAGUUUAUUAAAAAAUAAUAAUAAAAAUUUAACAUCUGUUAAUGGUAAACGUAAAGUAAAUGAUGUUAUAGAAACAGUUAAAACAAAAGAAAAUAUAGAUAUUAAUCCUCUUGAUAUUGAUCCUGGUGAUGGUUGGGAUACUGAAUUAUCACUUGAAAAAUGGCAAACAUCAACAUCACCACCAAAGAAAAAACAACAAUUAAAUAGUUAUGAUUUUGUACCAGAAAGAAAAAAAGCAAGUCCAAAAUUUGCAUGUAAAGGACCAGUUGUACGUAAAAAAGCAGAACGUCAAAAAUUAAAUGGCUGGUCUUGCAAGGAUUGUGAAAAGUGGUAUGAAAAUAUGGAUUUAGAUGAAAAAGAAUUACAAAAACGUAAAAAUUCAUGUUCACGUCAUCGUUCUAAAUUUAAUGAACGUUAUGAUACACCACCUGGUUUUUGGGAUAUAGGAUUUUCAAGUCCAAUGGAAUCAAGUCAAGAGACUCUUUGAAUAAUAAAUUAUUUGCAUCAUUGUUAAAUUUAUCAUCAACAAAAAACACCAACAACAUUUGAAUUAAAUUCAUAUGAUUAAAUUA